CGGGCGGGCGAGAGACAGGUGGGCGGAGCCGAGAAAGGGGGGGGGAAAUAGAAGAGACGAAUCCAGAGAGGCCCGGCCGGGAUGCUCCUCGGCGGCACCCAGAGACCAUGGCCCUGCGGAGGCCGCCGCCCAACAACCGCAACAACGGGAGGCGAGACUGUGAUUCAAAGAAAAAAAGGAAAGAAGCCGAGAUCUACCAGGCCCUCAGCAGUGACCCUGUUGAUGUUGCUGCCCUCAGACGCAUGGCUAUCAGCGAAGGGGGGCUUCUGAUGGACGAGAUCCGCUGCAAGGUGUGGCCGAAGCUACUUAAUGUGAACACAGAGGACCUGCCGCCUCCACCAGGAGAGGAGCUCCGGGAGGACAACAAAGAUUAUCAGCAGGUAUUGCUGGAUGUGAGGCGAUCCCUCCGACGUUUCCCUCCAGGGAUGCCAGAUGAGCAGAGGGAGGGGCUGCAGGAAGAGCUGAUCGACAGCAUCCUGCAGGUCUUGCAGCACAACCCACAACUGCACUACUACCAAGGCUACCAUGACAUCGUGGUCACGUUUCUGCUCGUAGUCGGGGACAGAUUGGCAACAGCCCUUGUGGAAAAGCUCUCAACCCAUCACCUCAGGGAUUUUAUGGACCCAACAAUGGACAACACCAAGCACAUCUUAAACUACCUGAUGCCCAUUAUAGACCAGGUGAACCCAGAAUUGCACGACUUCAUGCAGAGAGCUGAAGUUGGGACCAUCUUUGCUCUCAGUUGGCUGAUCACCUGGUUUGGACAUGUCCUCUCUGACUUCAGACAUGUGGUGCGGUUGUAUGACUUCUUCCUAGCCUGCCACCCACUGAUGCCAAUUUAUUUUGCAGCAGUGAUUGUGCUCCAUCGGGCACAGGAAGUUCUGGCCUGCGAGUGUGACAUGGCCUCCGUCCACCAUCUUUUAUCCCAGAUCCCACAAGACCUUCCGUAUGAGACCCUGAUCAGUCGCGCUGGGGACCUCUUUGUUCAGUUCCCGCCAUCAGAACUUGCCCGGGAGGCAGCUCAGCAGCAGCAAGCUGAAAGGACGGCUGCUUCCACCUUCAAAGACUUUGAGCUGGCUUCGGCACAGCAACGGCCAGACACGGUUCUCCGGCAGCGCUUCAGAGAGCGGCUGCGUGCUGAGGAGCGGGCAAAGAUGCUCUUGGCAUCCAAACCAAGGACCAACCGCUUUGUCAAGCUGGCAGUGAUGGGGCUGACAGUGGCCCUGGGGGCAGCAGCUUUGGCUGUGGUGAAGAGUGCGCUGGAGUGGGCCCCCAAAUUCGAACUCCAAAUAUUUCCCUGAGAGUCGAGAAGAAGUUCCCUUCUAUCGCAUCCUGCUUGUUGCACCAGGCAUAGACAGCCAUGACUGGAGAAGGCACUCUGGGUUUUAAAGCAUCUGCUCCCCUUCCUGGCGCUCUCAUGCAACUUGCCUUACUAAUUCAAGCAGCCCAGGCCUGGACCUGCCAUCAUCUUGCGCUCCAGCCCGAGAACAUGGACUUCCUCUUUGUUGUCCCCCUUGAGCAUCCAGAGCCUUUUGGGAACCGCUUCCUUUUUGAAAAAGGGAAGUGGCUCCCUUGGGCUGCUGCUACAAGGGUAGAGAACCUCAGUUUUGCUGGGCUUCCUGCCCAGUAGGUGGGCCUGUAGCCCAGGUGGAGAUUGAGCUGCUGGCAUUCCAUGAAGUUCCAUUCUUCCUUCUGGGUGUCUGAUGAACAGAAGAAUAUUUUCAGAGACAGCAUUGGUUGCUUCUGCAAUAGUAGCUGAAAUGGGGUGAUCGGAGAUGAGACUGGGAUAGCCAUACAGAGGGGGCCUCCCCUUCUGUUCCUCACAGCUAUUUCAUUGCCUGCAUUCCUAAAUGUGGAACUGGACAGGCAGUUUCUGGCGAGUAAAAAAAAUGGGGACCCCCUUAGGCCCCUACUUGUUUUUGCCUUUGAGGUCUGCAGCAACUGGAUUUGUGUUGUCCUUUCUCUAGACUGAGAAGCCAGCAGCAGGAGCUGGGAGCACAUGGACAUGUCUGGUCUUAGAGAACAUGCAGCUGUCAUCCAGCCAUGCUCUCAGCCAGGACUGGGUAGGAAGAUUUGCACCCGGUGCAUGAGUUGUCUCACUUUGGAACAUGUUCCAUUAUGGCAUUCAGUGUUGUUUCUGUUGCUGCCAUCGUACAAAAUCAGUAACAGCAAUGUCCGUUAAUGAGGCAGGGGAAAGAUCUUCCUGUUGUGAAAUCUAGCCCUGCUGCAGGACCAAGGUAUUUAAUGUGGGGAAAACAGAUCUUUAAAAGAUUUCAGCCACUAACAGAAAUAGACAUUGUACUGUCAUGCAUGAAGGAUUCUUCUAGAAGCUGUCCACUAAAUCUGAAGUCCCACGCACUCUGUAGAUAAAUCCCCACAUACCUCUACCUCCUCCCUCUGCUGAGAAACCCUCUCACAAGUGUCCUUACCUAAUUUAAACAGUUUACUCCCCUUUCUCCAAUGGCAAUUAUGUAUUCAGUGACCUGUGAAGCAGCCUCUUCAGUUGACCAGGCAUUACUGCAGAGGAUGAAGGAAAGUCACUCUUGACAAAACCCAGGAUCAGCGGCUUUGUCAAGCUGACAGCAGUGGGGCUGAUGGUGAUGCUGCAUGCGUUGCCAUUGGCUGGAGAGUUGCACUUCAGUGGACAACUGCCACUGAGAUGUAUGGCCUUUCUGUGCUGCAAUGAACGCGUUCCUACAGCAAAAAAAGCCCAAGUUAUUCCUCCCGUACCCUUGACUCUAGCAGGUGAGCGGAUUUUGCAGUUCAAAGGAACAGCUCCCAGAGGACACCACAGUGCCUCGACCCUGUAACAGCCUGUGCAGUAGAAAGGCCUAGAGCUCAGGAGUGCAUGCAUUUGUCUUCAAGUGUUGCGUUCUGCUGUGCUUUGGGAUUUGCAGUCCCUGGAAGAAAGGGGGUGGAAGAAUUGCUUGCUGGCCCUCUCUUCUUCUUUUUUACCCAAGUCUGGAACUGACCCAUUGCCGCCCCUCUCCGGACUGUGCUUCUUGUUGCUACAAAUCAUUCAGCUAAUAAUGGUGUAUUUUUGGAGGCGCUUUUCUUCUCCAGUGGAGCAGUGCAGUUUAGCUCUGGUGGGAGGCAAGUCAGCCUGUCGCUUCCAACAUGUCCCAGGAACCAUCUGCCCUAUCGUCCACCUGCUACUAGAGGUGACUUCUGGCAUUCCCCUACCAUGGCCAUGGCUGUGUGCAUCAGUUGUGGGUCUUGUAGCAUCAUCAGGAAAUAUUGGGGAGGGGAUGCCAGCAUUUUCCAUGAGCAGCAGUGAAAAAGGUGGAGGAGAAACUGACUUCCUAGUCGUGGCCAUCAAUUUGGUGUCCUCCAGAUGUUGAACUGCAACUCCUGCCACCCCUUACCAUGCUGACUGGUGGGAGCUGGAGUCCUAACAGCAUUUGGACAGUGCCCCCUUGUGCCCACUAGAGGCAGGGACAGCCAGUGUGAUUUGUAGGGUGUCUCUAAGAGCAGGCACUUAAACGUUUGACACCUGCAGCGAUGGUUAGAGCUCUUUGUUACCAGAUGGCGUGGAAUGGGAGAAACAGGUGAAGCAUUAUUUCACUAAGCACUUUAUGAAAAUGAAGGCUAAUAAGAGGAAGACCUAAAAGAGGGCCUACCUGUCCGUUGUGGUUUUUCUCUUCUUCCUAACAGUUUUAGUCACUUGCCUUUUGAGGUGCGAGAGACUGUGGGAGGUCAGUCUGAAGAGCGAACAAAGCUGGGUGCAGCCUGGGCUUGAGCCUUUUCUGCAGUGCCCCCUCAGGCAGCAGAACACAGACAAAGGUUAAGACAGAGAUGCUCUUCCCCUGCCCCUUGUGGUAAUCUGCUGACUUCUGGUAUAUUGAAAUGGAAGAGUUAUUUCCUCUCCCUGUCGCAUGAUCUGCCACUAGAUAUAGACUUUAAAGAUCUGUGUUUUUAAUACAUGUCUGGAAACUACCACUUGGCAGGAUCUAAGGAAAUGAAACUUUGUGCUGCUGUGGUGAGGGGAAGCUUUAUUUCAUGUUUGGCAUUUAUCAUCUUUUUGGUCACUCAGGCCAGUUUAUACGAUUAGCAGAAUCCAAUAGUAAAGCAAGACUGCACCACUUCAGGUUUUGAAUGCUCUUGCAUGUGUGUAAUAUAGAUUUCUACAUGUAGAAAACUAGCGUGUCAGGGGGAAAGGUUUAGCUUAGUCUUUUUCCCAAGGGUGGUAUUUCUCCACCUCCACCACCUGCAGGCUGGAGACAUCAGUCUAAAAAGCUUUGCCAUUUGAUUUAGCUGAUCGUAUAGACUGACCCUUACUAGGCCAGAGAAAAAGCAAUAUAGCUGAGCCCACACUCUUGUCUCUCCAUUGGCUGCAAGGCUAGGAACAGUUCUUCCUACAAGAACAAACAACAUGGAAGACCAUCAUGUAUGUGAAGCCACAGGGAAGGGGGAGCCUAGCAACUGUCACAGGCCUUUGUCUGUGCAAAUACAAGAGAUCUCCCUUGCUGUUCACUGCUGCGGCCUGGUGAAUCCGACAGCCACAUAACCCAGCCUUUGUGACUCCUGUAAAGGUGCUCAUUCUGCUCAUGGCAACCAUUGAACUAAUACCAAAGCAGGUGCCCACCAGCUUUUACCAUGAAUGCAGAUUAUGGCACACUGCAGCUUAGCAAGUGUCCAUAAAGAGUAUCAUCCCUUGGAUUGUGAGUUGAAUGGUUACUGUAACCCACCACUAACACUAGAACAAUAUGGAUGGACCUGUUGCAAGGGUAUGUUUGCUGUGGGUGGCCUGCUAGUUGCUCAGCAGCCCCCCUGUUCAUGCAGUUGUGAACAGGUAGCAAAAUGAGUUUUAAUUUGGGGUUGUGUUGGGCCACCAUACAUGGCUGGUGGGCUACCUAUGGCAGGCCUUGGGCACAAGUUUUGCAGGCCUGGCUGUUACCAACAUACAAUAAAUAUGGGGACAAGUAGUGAGCUAUAUCACAGAAGGAGCCUUUCCGUAUCUGAAGGGAUUCUGGCAGGAAAAUAACAAUUGCCACCGUUACCCAGGAGAAGCAGUAGCAUCAGAGGUCCUGGGUAAAAAAUGUGGCCAGGGAGAUGCCAGCCACUUCUCCUUUUGCCAUCUGCAAUGGGGAGAUCAGGUACUUGUUACCAUGUGCACAAGAGUUCUCUGAGGGCUUGGCUACUCUGUAUAAAGAUUAUACAUAUGUAUGUAAAAUGCAGAUUUGUACAGGGUUUGUAAUUGUGUAAAAAAAAUAAACGCUAUACCCACUUACUAAAA